AUGCAUUACCCUCCUCUUUCUGUUCUCCUGGCAUUAACAGCAAUUGCCAGUGCCCAAUCAUCGGCAUCUCAUGGCCUUCAGUAUUGCACGCCUGCUGACUAUGCCACAAAGACAUACAAUGCGUCGAACCUCUCCUUCACGAGUAGGCCCAAUAACGACUACUCUGACCAGGCGCUGGCAUUUCUCUGGAACCAGGUCGGCCCAGUGUCCGUUGGACCGGUUACCACCACAGUGUCUCCGACAGCCGAACCUUCAACAUACCCUCAACCGGGAGCCUAUCACGGGCUCGUGCCGAGCUACGACAAUAAUCUGACCGAUGCGAAACUUCCAGCAGGCUUCAAGUGGGGCGUGUCGUCUUCCUCAUAUCAGAUAGAAGGCGCAGCUAAAGACGAAGGCAAAGGUCCCUCGAUUUGGGAUCUGCUGUCUCACCGGUAUACCAAUUUUGUGUCCGACAACACUACUGGUGACGUCCUAGCUAGCCACUACUGGCUUUACAAGCAAGACAUUGCCCGGCUAAAAGGGUUGGGUGUUCCUGCUUUUAGCCCUAGUUUCAGUUGGCCGCGCAUAUUUCCCUUUGGUAAAGGUCCAGUAAAUGAAGCCGGGGUAAAGCAUUAUGAUGAUGUUAUAGCCGAGCUUGUCAACGCCGGGAUCGAGCCUGCCAUUACUCUUUUCCACUGGGAUACACCGCUUGCUCUUUUCAAUGAGUAUGGUGCGUGGACCUCUCCUCAGAUUGUUGAUGACUUUUUCAACUACGCCAAGUUCAUCAUUUCCCGCUACGACGAAUAUGUUCCGACCUGGUUUACCAUCAACGAACCGCAAUACUGCGACUGGCAGUAUUCUUUGUAUCCUGCCGGGGAGUAUUAUCCUGCUUAUAACAACUUCACCGGCGGAUUGCCGACAAGGUUCAUAUGCGGGCAUUACACACUACUGGCUCACGCGAAAGUGGCCAAAUGGUACCAUGAAGAAUUUAAGGGUAAAGGAAAGAUUACCUUUAAAAACUCAGGUAACUACUUCGAGGCAAACUCCAGCUCAGAAGCAGACAAGAUCGCGACCCAGAGGAACUACGAUUUCGUCUUGGGAUGGUUUGGGGGACCGUGGACGGACGGCGACUAUCCACAGUCUCUUAAAGAAAUCCUGGGUGACAUCUUACCAUCGUUUACACCAGAAGAGAAGGAGCUGGUGAAAGGGUCAUGCGACUUUUAUGCGAUUGACGGGUACUCGGCAUACUACGCCUACGAGGUGGAGGGCGGUUUGGACGCCUGCAUUUCGAAUUCUUCGAACCCCUCUUGGCCAUUAUGCGCUGAGAGUGUUUCGACGGCUCCGAAUGGAUUUCCAAUAGGCCCCGCGGCCGACUCCGGAGUGUCGUGGCUUUAUGAUGGGCCUAUGGGCAUUCGCAGGUUCUUGAACCGCAUUGUAAAGGAUCUCUUCCCGAGCGUCAACGAGAUCAUGGUCAGCGAGUUUGGCUUUGCCGAGCCGUUUGAGGCGCAAUUGACGGACAUUAACCAGGUCCUCUGGGAUCUCCGGCGUGCGGAUUACAUCCAAAGCUACCUCGACAGCAUACUGGCGGCCAUUGUCUACGACGGGGUCAACGUGACUGGGGCAUGGGGGUGGGCCAUCUUCGACAAUUUCGAGUGGUUGUCGGGGCUGUCGACACGUUUUGGACUGCAGUACGUCAAUUACACGGACCUGAGCCGGCGGCCCAAGGCCAGCAUCUCCCGGCCUCCCGCUGCCUCUCCCCCAUCGGCGAACAAGCGCCCGCGCAGCUCCCCGAAGCGCAGACGACACACCAUGCGCUUUGGCAAUGAAGCGCCGUCUCCCUCGCGAGCUUUCUCCAACGGCUCCAACGGCUUCUCACGCAAAGUCGCCAACGGCGAUGGAUACACGACUCCCGAGAACGCUGGCCCCUCGGCGAAUGGCACCCGACAGCCCACCGAAGUCACAUUCUUCGGCCACGACCGGGAGGAGGUGACGCGGAUACUCAUACAAGGCCUGGCGGACCUCGGCUACAACACCGCUGCGGAAGCACUCAGUCAGGAAAGCGGUUACGACCUCGAAGGCCCUACGGUAGCUGCCUUCCGGGAUGCUGUGCUUCAGGGUGACUGGGCAAAGGCAGAGUCGCUGUUGUUUGGCACGGCAUAUGAAGACGGAGGCGGAGUGGGCAUAGGCGAUGGUGCCUACGGAUACCGCAAGACGCCUGACAGGUCGGAUACGCGCGGUCUCCCCCUUGCGGAGGGAGCGGACAAAGACGAGAUGAGGUUUGCGAUGCGGCAGCAAAAGUACCUUGAGCUACUCGAAGGACGCGACCUCGGCGCUGCUCUUAUGGUGCUCCGUCAGGAAUUGACGCCUUUACACCACGAUGUUAACAGACUCCAUUAUCUGUCAAGUCUCAUGAUGUGCGAUUCCGCUGAGGAUGUGCGGUACCAGGCCCAGUGGGAUGGUGCAGAAGGAGGAUCCCGGAAUCAACUUCUGUCGGAACUCUCAAGGUCAAUAUCGCCUAAUAUUAUGAUCCCGGAACAUCGACUCGCAGUGUUACUAGACCAGGUCAAGCAGAAUUGGAUCUCCAACUGCCUUUACCAUAAUACUGCAGUGUCUCCGUCUUUGUACCUGGAUCAUAUGUGCGAACGCGACAAUUUCCCCCUUAAGACGGCCCUCGAGCUUCGCCAUCAUAUUGAUGAGGUUUGGUUCUUGCGGUUCUCCAACGAUGGAACAAUGUUAGCUACGACAGGUAAAGACCAAAGGAUCAACGUCUACGAUACGAACAACUAUCAACGACGCUUUACGCUUGAGGAUCACGAAAAUGGCGUGUGUUAUCUGGCGUGGAGCCCCGAUGACACUAGAUUGGUGAGCUGCAGCCAAGACAACUCCGCCAGACUCUGGGAUAUGACGACUGGGGAGCUCCUUAAAAGUCUUGAUCAAGCAUUCGAUUAUCCCGUCACAUCUGCUGCUUGGGCGCCCAAUGGCGAGACAUUCGUCACCGGUUCUCAAGAUACGGCAGCUGGGCUUUGCCAGUGGACCGUCAACGGCGACAAAGUCCACACAUGGAAAGAGGACGGUAGCGAACGCGAACGCGGCUACGCGAUGCGAGUGCACGAUGUCGGCAUCUCCCCCGACGGCCAACGCCUGGUGGUGCUCCUUGAUCAUCACAUCAUGGUGUACGAUUUCAUCACCCGCGAAAGGAUUUGUGAGUUUGAAAUGCAGGAUGUCAAGUUGACGUCCCUGAGCAUCAGCCAAGACUCCCAACGAAUGCUUGUCAGUAUGAAUGAAAGCAAGAUCUGUUUGAUGGACAUCGACAGUGGCGAGCUUUUGCAAAGAUACGAGGGCCAAAAGCAGACGCAGUUCAUCAUUAGGAGUACUUUCGGGGGCGCUCGGGAAGCCUUCGUGGUGAGCGGUAGCGAAGAUUCAAAGGUUUAUGUCUGGCGUUCAAACGGCCACCUGGUUGAAGCACUCGAAGCACAUCGUACAGGAUGUGUAAAUUCGGUUGCGUGGCACCCCAAGGAUCCUAACAUUUUUGCUUCAGCGGGAGACGAUCGAACCGUCCGCAUGUACGUCUUGCCUUGCUGUCUCUGCAUUUCCUCGUAG